GUAACAAAAAAAGCAUUGUUGUUGAGAUUGGCGUCUAUUCCUCCAACAUUUUCUGCUAUUUCCCUUGUUCCUGCUGAAUUGUUUAUUUUGGCGUGGAUGCUUGUUGCUUAGUAUUACUACCUUCAUUCAACUACCAGCCACUAAUCGAUGUUUCUAUGUGAACGAAGUAGAGCGCUAAGGCGACUUAGAUAGAGCAUGGCAACAGCUGAACAAUUUUCUUUAAGAUGGAACAAUUUCCAAAGCAACAUGACCUCAGGGUUUCAUGCCCUGUGGGAGGGGGAGGAUUUAGUUGAUGUAACGCUUGCAGCUGAUGGCAGAUUUCUACAGGCACACAAGGUUGUCCUAUCCGUCUGCAGUCCAUACUUCAAAACUUUGUUUAAGGUUAAUCCUUGCAAACACCCCAUAGUAAUUCUUAAAGAUGUAGCCUAUAAAGACUUGGAAGCCUUGUUGCAAUUUAUGUAUAGAGGGGAGGUAAAUGUGUGCCAAGAAGAAUUGGGUGGUUUUUUGAAGACUGCUGAAAUGCUGGAAGUUAAAGGUCUCACUGGUGAUGAUGGUCAGCGGAGCUCCUCACCAAACAGCCCUAUGCAGCAACCUCAGACGUUACUAGCAAAACAGCCCAAGGAUAGAUCACACCUUCCUGGCAAAGCUGUUUCAUCAUCAAUGGUUUUGCCAGAGGAUACAAGGGGUGUUCUGACGCCACAGUUCAAGAGAAAACGUGUCUCUGGACCUGUCAGCCCUGCCACUGCCAACUCAGUGAAUGAAGAUAACAACAUUAGAGGACAUUCAGAGUAUCCUGAACUAACCCACCCUAAAUUAGAGCCUAGAGACAUGGAUGGUGAUGAGGGUGGUGACAGUUAUGCAGAAAAAGAUGUCAAUGAUUCCUUGGCUACUCUUUUAGCUGGGGAAAGUAGCCAUAGUGGAAUUCAUGCAGAGUCAAUGCCAGGCAUGGAUCCCACAGUGUUCAGCUCUAUGUCGGGGCAUGGACCAGGUGAUUCAACAGGGUCUCAGGAUGCGAGUCAAGGGAACCACUAUGAAGAGGACAAUGAGGAUUCAAAAGUAACGGGCAAGCCUGGGGGACUGCCUUCACCCAAGUCAGAAAACACUGAAGUUGGGAACAGCUUGCAAGUCCUACGACACAGUCUUAGUAUCCACAACAGCAGUAGGGGCGUGAGCAUCCUCAAGAAGAACAUCAUCAAUCAACUUUGGAGGCCUAAUACAUCCCGUGUUUCCUCUGAAUAUCGUUGCACUCUUUGCCAGAAAACUUUCACCCGUAGAGAUCACCUUCGUACGCAUGAGAGAAAUUUGCAUGGUCAGGAUGCUGGCCCCUUUACUUGCUGUAUUUGUAUGCAACUUUAUAAGAAUGCUGACAGUUUGCGGAAGCAUGUAACAAAGUAUCAUUUUUCUCGUGAAACUGCACCAUCUACUACCACUGAUGUGCCAUCAUGAUAAGGCUAGCGUUUUGGAAAAGAAUUGACCCUUCGAUUUUAUUUAUUGCCCUGUACCCACUCUUUAUUGCUUUAAAAUUAGUAUCUGAUUUUUUUAUAAGCAUGUACUAAUUUCCAGACCAAAUUACCUGACCAAAGUUAGUUUUUUUACAAACUUUCUUCUUUAUGAAGAAAUUGUACAAUCUUAGGCAGCAUCUACUAGUCAUAUUAAUCAGAUUAUCCCACCAUACUUUGUUUCUUAUGCUCAGGGUUCACAGUGUUGAGCAGGUUUAGUCAAUAAUCUUAGACAUCUAUCAGUGCCAUAAAUUUUUAAAAAUUAACAUACAAAUGUAAAGCGCUUCCCACCACUUUGGAGCUCUGACCUAAAAUUGCUUAAAAUCAAUCAUUAGUGUCAGAAUGUUCUUUAUUCAUUUAAUGUGCAUUACUGCACAUAUUCUCGUUUUCAUGUGGAAAGUGUAACAAGCAACUUCACCGAUUGUGCUGUUAUUUCAACUGCUUCCUAGCAUUUUAAAUCUGUUAAUGACUUUUGUUAAAUGUCAGAGUGUUUAUGAUAGGGAUCCAUUCUGCAAUGGUAAAAUUGUAUUUGUUACAUGUGGAGAAAUACAUGAGAGGUUUACAUCGUUGAAAUGCUAUAGUGCCAAAGUAGCACACUAAGCAAUUUUGUAGCUAUGCUACAAAUUGAAAAGGCUAGGACUCCUAAUAAAAGAAUUAAAUGUUUUAUCCCAAAGCUUUUAGUGGUAAUGUAAUUUCAUAUUAUGUAACAUGUAGAUUUAAAUGUGUUAAAACUUUGUAGCUGCCAACUAUAGAGUGUGAUUUUAAACCAAGAAUUUGCCAUCAUACUAUGUGUAAAUUUUGUGUUUAAACCCUGUUUUUCUUUUUUACCACAUUUUUUUAAAACACCAGUAAAUGCGUUUUUCUUUUUCUUUUUUUCUUAAGCUGCAAAUUCUUUCAAUUUCAGCACAUGAAUUAUUAAUGAGUACCAGUUAUCAUAGCACCCUAGGACACUGGUUAGCAUUAGGAAGUGGUCAAUGUUAGAAAAAUGUUUGGAAGUUAAGUCUUGAUCUUUUUCAUAGGGAAUUUCAAGGGAUUUCCUGCUGAAUUUAAGUAAUGCAGGUUUACUGGUGGUUUAUCCAUCUAGUCGUAGUCUAUGAUGGUCACUGAAAUUCAUCACAGUGUUUUAAGUUCUUUUUUAGAAUAAUCCAUCUGUAGCUUCCUGUCUUUAUUUUCUUCUAAUCUAACGUUAAGUAAAAUCAAUGUGCCUUUUUUACUAUAGACUGAUGGCAAUUAAUGCAUAAUGGUACAAUAACAUUAGAAGAAUUUAAGUAUAUCUUAUAUAUACAGUAUAUAUAUAUAUUCAAUGUUUGAGUUCUAAGUUAAGAAGUGCGAAUGUGUUCUAUUUACUGAGUUUUGUAUAUGCUCUUGCAUAUAAUAAGUAUGUUAUGGCUUUCCAAAGAUAGACAAGUCUGCUAAAAUAUUCUUUUCACGUAGAGCACAACCUUUGCAAAGUGACUUGUGCAGUUAAAAUUGUGUGUGCCAUUGUGUGAAGUUCAUUUUUUUCCUUUUGAUUUGAUUAGUACCUACUAAAGUAUUUACAUUCAUUUCUGAAUUUUUUAGCAAACAAGAAUGUUAAAAUCAAGGAUGUACCUAGUCUGCUGACACAAGUAAUUGUGUAAAAAGCUGUAAAAGCUUGCUUGAUAGCGACCCACUGGAUUGAAAUUGGUCUCGCAUUAUUUUCAAUCUGUAGUGUAUAGGUUUCUUGUAUCUAUGUUGCCAUUAAAGGUAUAGUUGGGGUAUCAAAACCAAAGCCAGUGUUUAUUACAACUGUGUUAAAUGUGUUCUCGUAAUAUCCUUGAACUGGGUGCUGUAUACAAGCAUUGGACUUCAAUGUUUUUUGUGCCAUAUGUAUUGGCAUUGUUUGUUCAACUUGUGUUAUUCCCAGAUGUUUAUUAACCUGUUUGUGUGUCUUUAGACUCUUCAUUUUAUCUAUGUUUUGGCCUUUCCUAUGUAUCGUUGAAAAGUUAAGCAAAAUAAAUGAGUUAUUACCACUCGA